UUGACAUCAAGUGAUAUGGGCUGGGUUUUCGUAGUUCCCGAACAUUUCCCAAGUUUUUAUUUUAAAAGUUUGAAUUCGUGCCUUGUUUUUUCCUUGUGAAUUAGUUUAAUUCCUGCUGUAAAAGAUAAUGCCUCUCGCUGUAAGCAUAGAACAACAACAUUCGACGAAACAUAAGAUACCAAUUUAUUGCUGCGGCUGACUAUAUUAGUUUCAAAAAUUAUCUUCAAACGCAUAAAAAUGUUGGGGAGGAAGCAGAGCUUGAAAGGGGAACCAGUUUUAGCGGAUUAUGGGCCCGAGGAGUCAUUAAAUGAAAGUGCCGACAUAGAAUGGGUAAAUAAGUUGUGGGUCAGAAGGAUAUUAAGAUCAUGUGCUCUGCUAAGUUUGUUGUCUGUUUCUCUGAAUACGCCAAAAUCUUUCGAAAAAUACCCCUAUCUUCAGACAGUAACUUUUGCUGUGGACUGCUGUGUUACUCUCUUGUUUACAGCAGAAAUGAUUGCAAAAAUGCACAUCAGAGGCAUCUUGAAGGGUGAUGUAGCAUACCUAAAAGAUCACUGGUGCCAAUUUGAUGCUUCUAUGGUAUUCCUCCUUUGGGUGUCUGUUUUGUUGCAAAUGUUUGAACUGACUGGAAUUGUGCCAAGAUACAGCUAUCUCAGUAUACUGCGGGCCCCAAGACCACUGAUCAUGAUCCGUUUCCUCAGAGUCUUCCUUAAAUUCUCCAUGCCAAAAUCUAGGAUUAAUCAAAUAUUCAAGAGAUCAAGCCAGCAGAUCUACAAUGUGACCCUAUUCUUCCUCUUCUUCAUGUCUUUGUACAGUUUGUUGGGAGUCCAAUUCUUUGGAGAAUUGACUCAUCACUGUGUCAGGAACACAACUGACCCUGAUCAUAUAACCAUCAAUUCUCUGGCCAUUCCUGAUACAUUUUGUUCACCUGACCCUGGUUCUGGAUAUCAAUGCCCUUCUGGAAUGAAAUGCAUGAAAUUGAAACUAUCUAAAUAUAUUAUGGGCUUCAAUGGAUUUGAAGAGUUUGCAACAAGUCUAUUUACUGUCUAUCAGGCUUCCUCCCAAGAAGGAUGGGUGUUCAUUAUGUAUAGAGCCAUUGAUUCACUGCCCACCUGGCGAUCAGCCCUCUAUUUCAGCACAAUGAUUUUCUUCCUAGCUUGGUUGGUGAAGAAUGUGUUCAUUGCUGUAAUAACCGAAACUUUCAAUGAGAUUAGGGUACAGUUCCAGCAAAUGUGGGGUGUAAGGAACCCAAUUACAAAAGGAAGCACCACACAGUUCUUUACAGGUGAUGACAAUGGCUGGAAACUCGUUACCAUUGAUGAGAACAAGCAUUCAGGCAGUGCUCCAGAAAUAUUUCACAAGAUGUUGCGUUCAGCAUACUUUCGACUGCUAGUGAUGGGUGUUGUUCUAGCAAAUGGAAUAAUCACAGCAACAAUGCAUUUUAAACAUGAUGAUCAUCCUAGAGAAUUCUUCUAUGAAAAAUAUUACUAUAUUGAGAUUGCAUUUACCAUAUUUUUGGAUUUGGAAGCCCUGAUCAAAAUUUGGUGCUUGGGUCUGAAAGGAUAUUUCAAGCAUUCUGUCCAUAAAUUCGAACUUCUGUUGGCCAUUGGGACUACAAUCCACAUUAUUCCUCAACUUUAUAUGUCUGUGUUCACCUACUUUCAGGUAUUACGUAUUGUGAGACUAAUCAAGGCAUCUCCAUUGUUAGAAGGAUUUGUAUACAAGAUUUUCGGUCCUGGGAAAAAGCUCGGCAGUCUCAUAAUAUUCACUAUGUGCUUACUUAUUAUUAGCUCUUCAAUAUCAAUGCAACUAUUCUGCUUUUUGUGCGAAUUCACAAAAUUUGAAACCUUUCCUGAGGCAUUUAUGUCUAUGUUCCAAAUCUUGACCCAAGAAGCGUGGGUGGAGGUAAUGGAUGAAACAAUGGUCCGCACAAGUCAGACUCUUACACCACUCGUCGCCAUUUACUUCAUACUAUACCAUUUGUUUGUGACAUUGAUCGUGCUGUCGCUUUUCGUAGCAGUCAUCUUAGACAAUUUGGAAUUGGAUGAAGACAUAAAGAAGUUGAAACAACUUAGGUACCGCCAACAAAGUGCUGAAAUAAAGGAAAGCUUGCCAUUCAGGCUGAGGAUCUUUGAGAAAUUUCCAGACAGCCCCCAAAUGACCAAGUUGCAUAAGGUUCCAGGAGAUUUCAAUCUACCUAAGGUCCGCGAGUCGUUCAUGCGUCAGUUCGUCUGCGAGGACGGUGAAGAAGAGGUGGUGGUGGGGAGCGCGGGCGGCGGCGCGCCCGACGGCGACCAGUCGCGGCGCGCUUUUGAAUACAUCGGCGCGGCCAAGAUCGCCUUCCCCUACCGCAAGCGGUGCCUGGUCAAGACGCUGGUGGUGGCCCCGCCCUCGCAGCGACCCAGCUCGGCGCUGCGGAGACACGUCGUCGCCACUAUUAUUGAUGACUCAAACAACCAUCGACCGUUGUUGGGAGAUUCAGCAAUGCUAGCAACUGGAGGCAAAUCAGGUUUGAAAUCCCAAGGCACAAUAUCCAGCGCUAAGCAGCUACGUGUUGAUCAAAAGAAGUUUGGCUCGCGUUCCAUAAGGCGUUCUGUGCGCAGUGGCUCCAUCAAGCUGAAGCAGACUUACGAGCACUUGCUAGAGAACGGCGACAUCGGCGCGGCGUCGCGCGUCGUGCCGUCGUCGCGCGCGCGCCCGCCCUACCUCGACAUACGCCUGCUGCAGGCCAAGAGGCAGCAGGCAGAGAUGAGGCGGAACCAACGAGAAGAAGACCUCCGCGAAAACCACCCGUUGUUUGAUACGCCCCUACUGAUCGUGCCGCGGGAGUCUCGCUUCCGCAAGAUCUGCCGCGCCAUCGUGGACGCCCGCUACGACGCUCGCUUGCGAGACCCAGUCACUGGCAACGAGAGGAAAGUGCACUACAAGAGCUUCCACAAUUUCUUGGGCCUAGUGACAUACAUGGAUUGGGUGAUGAUUAUGGUGACUACUCUCUCCUGCCUGUCGAUGAUGUUUGAAACUCCCUCUUACCGCGUUAUGGAAAACUUCGUGCUACAGAUUGCUGAGUAUGGAUUUGUCAUCUUUAUGAGUCUUGAGUUGGCUCUAAAAAUCUUGGCAGAUGGAUUGUUUUUUACUCCCAAGGCCUAUCUAAAAGACGCAGCUGCUGUUCUGGACGUUUUCAUUUACAUUGUGUCGCUGACCUUCCUGUGCUGGAUGCCGCGCAGCGUGCCGCCGGGCUCGGCCGCGCAGAUGCUGAUGAUCCUGCGCUGCGUGCGGCCGCUGCGCAUCUUCACGCUCGUGCCGCACAUGCGCAAGGUGGUCUACGAGCUGUGCCGCGGCUUCAAGGAGAUCCUGCUGGUAUCGACACUGCUGAUUUUGCUGAUGUUCGUGUUUGCAAGUUAUGGCGUUCAACUUUAUGGAGGAAGAUUAGCGAGAUGCAAUGAUCCAACGAUUCACCACCGCGAAAACUGUGUGGGCGUUUUCAUGAGAAGAGUAUUUGUGACUAAGAUGAAGCUGAAACCUGGCCCUAACGAAACGUUUCCAUCUAUGCUCGUGCCACGCGUCUGGGCGAAUCCAAAACGAUUCAACUUCGAUAACAUUGGAGAUGCCUUGCUGACGCUAUUCGAAGUGCUUUCCUUCAAAGGAUGGCUUGACGUUCGAGAUGUUUUGAUAAAAGCACUGGGACCUGUACACGCGGUUUACAUACACGUCUACAUAUUCUUGGGAUGCAUGAUUGGUCUCACAUUAUUCGUGGGCGUGGUCAUUGCAAAUUACUCUGAGAACAAAGGCACCGCUCUUUUAACUGUCGAUCAGCGAAGAUGGUGUGACCUAAAAAAGAGAUUGAAAAUCGCUCAGCCACUCCAUUUGCCGCCUCGGCCUAACAAACGUAAAAUUCGUGCAUUUGCGUAUGACGUGACUCAAAAUCUUACCUUCAAACGAGUAAUUGCCAUUGUGGUACUCAUCAACAGUGCUUUGCUAGCAGUCACGUGGAACCGCCACUCGAAGUUCACGGAGCAACUGGCGCUGACGUCGGCACUACUGACGCUAGUGUUCGUGGUGGAAGUGCUGCUGAAGACCAUCGCGUUCACGCCGCGCGGCUACUGGCAGAGCCGCCGCAACCGCUACGACUUGCUCGUCACGGUAGCUGGCUGCAUAUGGAUAUUUAUGCAUUUCGUGUUGAAACUGUCCCACCUGCUCCAAAACGACCUAUCGUACUUUGUGGGCUUCAUGGUGGUGAUCCUGCGCUUCUUCACGAUCACGGGCAAGCACACCACGCUCAAGAUGCUGAUGCUGACGGUGGGCGUGAGCGUGUGCAAGAGCUUCUUCAUCAUAUUCGGCAUGUUCCUGCUGGUGUUCUUCUACGCGCUCGCCGGGACCAUCGUGUUUGGGAACGUCAAGUAUGGGGAGGGAAUUGGAAGGCGGGCAAACUUCAACUCGCCGAUCCACAGCGUGGCGAUGUUGUUCCGUAUCGUAACCGGCGAAGACUGGAACAAGAUCAUGCACGACUGCAUGGUGGCGCCGCCCUUCUGCACGCCCGCCGACAACUACUGGGAGACCGACUGCGGCAACUUCACCGCCUCGCUGGCCUACUUCUGCACCUUCUACGUCAUCAUCACUUACAUCGUGCUCAACCUGCUCGUGGCUAUUAUCAUGGAGAACUUCUCAUUAUUUUACUCGAAUGAAGAAGAUGCGUUGUUGUCGUAUGCCGACAUCAGAAACUUCCAGAAUACUUGGAAUGUCGUGGAUGUCCAUCAAAAGGGUGUGAUACCAGUGCGGAAAGUGAAGUUCAUUCUUCGUCUACUAAAAGGUCGGUUAGAAUGCGAUACUCACAAAGAGCGACUACUGUUCAAAUACAUGUGCUACGAACUUGAACGGCUUCACAACGGAGAGGAUGUCACUUUCCAUGACGUCAUCAACAUGCUCUCAUACCGCACAGUGGACAUUCGAAAAUCCCUACAAAUGGAGGAGUUGCUAGCGAGAGAGGAGUUCGAGUUUUUGGUUGAAGAGGAGGUGGCCAAGCAGACCAUACGCACGUGGCUUGAGGGAUGCUUGAAAAAGAUACGGGCCAAUAGUAGCAAACAACAAACCAGUCUCAUAGCGGGCUUAAGAAAAACAAACGAACAAACUGUUGAUCUGAACAGUGAAAAGAUGGAUAAAGAAAAACUUGAAACUGAAACUCAGAUGGCCAUAGCAAAUAUUGGGCGAUCAGAAAUAACCGAAUCAGCUUCUCAACCCGUCAUGUCCAACAUAACUUCAUCAUUUGACUCUCAAUCAAAGCGAUCGUCUACUAAAGGGCAAUUUAAAAGACCUGGAUUACCCUCUGUGACUAUACCAAGACCAGAAAGUCCCGUCAACAAAAAGUACUUACAACCUACUUUAAGCGACCCGCACCCUGCCUUAAACAAGAAGACUCCAACAGUGAUGAAGAGCAACAACCGCGCGCACAACAGCGGCGGCGGCGCGCGCGAGCAGCCGGCGUUGCACGACGUGCGCGCGUGGUGGGGCACGCAGAUCGUGCACUUCGCGCUCUUUGACACAGACUAAACUCUUACUUAUUGUAGGGAUAAUUUAAUUUAUUUAAGAAUAUGUAUGCAGUACACAUAAGUAUUUUUUAUUUUAAAAAGAAAAAAUGUUUUUUUUUUUAAUUUUAUUUAGGAAAAGACAACAAUAAUUACAAAGUACAAGGUGCCUGGAUGCGAGCGGCGCAGGACCGGUCUUUGUGGAAAUCUUUGGGGGAGGCCUUUGUCCAGCAGUGGACGUCUUUCGGCUGAAACGAACGAAUGAACGAAAUUACAAAGUGAAAACAACAUUAUAAUACAAUUUUUGUUUGAAAGUCGUAGUUCAGUUUCGUUUUCAGUUAAAAAACGAAUAACGAAAAAAUUUGCAAAAUAAAGUUCCGACUUCUUUUUUAAGCCCCAAAUUCACUGAACAUUUCUUUUUUAAGUAAACAGUAUCUCUCGAAGUAGUUACUUUAAUUUCAAGUUACGUGUGCGUGUUUUAGAGUGUAUUUGUCUUAUGAUAUUAACUAUUGUCCUUUGUUACUUAGAUUUCACUGUAGUAUUGUAAUGGUAGGUAAAGAUAGAUGAUAUUUCCAUUUUGGUAGUAUAGGCCUAUGAAGGAGUUAUUCCACUGCCAAAAAAUAUCCUAUUUCGGGAUUUUAAAGAUUAAUAUGUACGGAUUUUUCCAUCCUUUAAUUAAAAUAAGGUGCUAAGUAUGAAGUUUAUAGGCCUAAUACUAUAAGGAAAUAUCUCGUGUUUUGUUUAGAAUACACAAAAUGUAUUAGAUACUAUUGAAAGAGGUCUAAAUGAUUGUCAUUGACGCCGAUUUGGGCAGUGAUAUUUUUAUUGAUCAUAUAGAAGCUUUGGCGUGAAAUGAAAAUUGCUAAACACCUUAACUAAAUUCAAGUGACAAAAAAAUUUGCUAUAAACAUUGCGAUUUGAUAGAAACAUUGUCGCAAAAGUAUUUCAGAAUAAUUAUUACUAUAGUAGUGCUUAUUGAUUUGAUAGUAAAAUAUUCUAGUAAAUGUUGCGUGUUUAAAUAAGUAAAACAAUAUAAUUUUGUUAAUAAAGUCGUACAUCACCAACUCAUUUCAAACGUAGUGAGUGUGAAAUUAUGUAUUAGUGCCAAAUUG